AUGGAGCCACCGGAGUGUCCGGUGUGUCUACAGUCUUUCGACGGCGAUUGCACAGUUCCUCGCGUGCUCAAUUGCGGCCACUCGGCGUGCGAGGAGUGUCUGAGGAGCCUUCCCAAGAAGUUCCCGGACACAAUCCGAUGUCCGGCGUGCACAGUUCUCGUCAAGUUUCCACCUCAGGGACCAUCAGCUCUCCCCAAAAACAUCGAUCUCCUCAGACUGUUCCCUUCAAGCUCGCAGAAUUCGCUGGAACCUGGCCGGAAUUCGAAAAAACCCGUUGAAUUUGUCACUCGAUCAUGGCCCGACGACUUCUACGCCAUUUGGAAGGACCGUAUCCUCCUGCACGACGCCGUUUCCGUGGAGGGAGAGAGUAAAGGUAGUGAUUUUUCUUUGAGUGGACGUCUUGGGGAUGAUUCGAAGGUGAGUCUUUUACGGGUUGCGUCGUUCGAUCAUGAUGAUUGCGAUUCUGUCCUCAAGUAUAGUUAUGUACAGAGGAUGAUGAAUUGUUUGUGGGAUAUGGGAGAGGAGGAAAGAGAUGAGCUUGAUACGAUCAUCUCUGUUAGACAGAGAGGUGUUUCUAAAGUUUUUGGCUUGUGGGGUGAUUUGAAGAAUGGGAUUUUGUAUUUAGUGGGCGAGAAGCUUGGUAGCUUUUCGUUGGAGGAAUUCGAGAAUCUCACUGAAGAUGAUUCUUUACGUUUAGCUAUGAUUGGUAUGCAAAUAUGUGAGGCACUUCUCGGUCUGCACAAGGAACGGGUGAUCACAGGCUGUUUGAGCGUUUCUUGUGUGAAGUUUGACGAAUUUGAGAAUGCGUAUGUUGAUUUGAUUGAGUGGAUGGAAACUGGAAGGAAUGUGCAUCGACUUAUCGUUGAAGAAACAGUUGGUGCUCGAGAAAUGGGAUUGAUUUUGGUUCGAUUGCUACAGAAGGGGAUUUUUGUGAGCUUAGAGGUGUUGUUUGGAUUGUUGAAAGAAGAUAAUAUGUUGAUAAAAGAUGCCAGCUCAAAGUAUUUGGUUUCGUAUAGCUCUGAUGUGUGGCCAGUUUGUUUGCUUCUUCUCAAGCUUCAUCUUAGAAAACGGUUUCCUGAGGAGUUGAUUGAAAGUUUAAAUUGUGUGGAUGCAAAAGGAUGUGAAGAGGGGAUUGAGGAUUUCUUGGUGUUGUACACAUGUAUUGCAGAUAAAUUAAGUUCUAUGAUAGAAUCCGAACCUGGAGGGAAGUUUAAACCGAUGAUUGAAAUUCUUUGCCAGUGUUGCAGUCUUGAUCCUCAGGCACGUCCAGCUAAGGGUCUGAGGCAUGUAAGAGCCGAAGUAGAAGGCUCUGAUGCAAAAGGAGAUGAAAGCGAAAAGAAAUUCGACUCUCAUUGGCAGGAGAGGUUAAAAGGUCAAGAUCCCUUGGAAGUGAUGGCUGCUAGAGAGAAGAUAGAUGCUGCGGCUCUUGAAGUUUUAGAUCCACAUGUCCGUAAGAUUAGGGAUGAGAAGUAUGGUUGGAAAUAUGGUUGUGGAGCUAAAGGCUGCACGAAGCUGUUUCAUGCUGCUGAAUUUGUGUACAAACAUCUCAAGCUGAAACACACUGAGCUCGUCGUGGAUCUGACUGUCAAACUGCGGGAAGAACUGUAUUUUCAGAACUAUAUGAAUGAUCCGAAUGCUCCUGGAGGACAACCAGUGACGCAGCAACCUGGCCCGAGAGAUAGACCUAUGAGACGUAAACCAGGCAUGGAGAGCAGACUGAGGGAUGAUAGAGGAGGACGUAGAGAGCGUGACGGACGGGGUAACGGUAAUGACAGAAAUGAUAGGCCGGAGGAUCAGCAGAGAAGUGAUGGUCCUGAGGGUGCAAACCCCGAGGAAGGUGGGUACGAUGCAUUUGGUGCACAAGGCGGCAUUCAUGUUCCUUCCUUUUCGUCUGAUGUAAACCCACCACCAGUACUGAUGCCUGUUCCUGGUGCCGGGCCAUUGGGACCAUUUGUACCAGCACCGCCUGAGUAUGCGAUGCAGAUGUUCCGAGAUCCAAGUGGAGGACCCAACAAUCCUCCUUUUGAAGGUGGCGGCAGCGGCAGAGGUGGACCCGCCCCAUUUCUUUUAUCUCCGGCCUUUAGACAGGAUCCUAGACGGCUACGCAGCUACCAAGACUUAGAUGCGCCAGAGGAAGAAGUGACAGUCAUUGAUUACAGGAGCUUGUAG